GGUACCUGCCGAGGGCCUGCUGUGCGGGGCGGUGCGGGCAGCCUCGGCGCUGGCCACUGAGGAUGCAGCCGGCCCGUCGGCCAGGGCCACUUGCCUUAGGGAGUUCAGAUCCCCGGUGGCGGAACAAAGGCAAUCAGAAGGAAAGCCCGCUUGUUGUUCCUAUUAAUUCGCUUAAAAGAAUUUUGUGGAGAAUUUCUCAAGAAGAAACUUCAUCUCUCUAAUUGUGUGGCCAUUCAUAGCUUAGCUCACAUGUAUACCCUGAGCCAACUUGCUCUGAAAGCUGCCGAUAUGAUACGGAGAAAUUUCCACAAAGUAAUUCAGGAUGAGGAAUUUUAUACUUUACCUUUCCAUCUUAUUCGAGACUGGCUGUCAGACUUGGAAAUUACGGUUGAUUCCGAAGAGGUUCUUUUUGAAACAGUUUUGAAGUGGGUUCAGAGAAAUGCUGAAGAGAGGGAGAGAUACUUUGAAGAACUUUUUAAAUUGCUCAGAUUGUCCCAGAUGAAACCUACCUAUCUUACUCGGCAUGUCAAGCCAGAGAGGCUGGUGGCCAAUAAUGAAGUUUGCGUCAAGUUAGUGGCUGAUGCAGUGGAGAGGCAUGCUCUGAGAGCUGAGAACAUACAGUCUGGUACAUUCCAGCAUCCUGCUUCUCAUGUCUCAUUAUUACCUCGCUAUGGACAAAACAUGGACGUGAUCAUGGUUAUUGGAGGCGUGUCGGAAGGAGGGGACUAUUUAAGUGAAUGUGUGGGAUAUUUUGUUGAUGAGGACAGAUGGGUAAACCUGCCCCAUAUUCAUAAUCACCUGGAUGGCCAUGCAGUUGCAGUAACGGAAUCCCACGUGUAUGUUGCUGGAUCAAUGGAACCAGGUUUUGCUAAAACUGUGGAAAGAUAUAACCCAAAUUUUAAUAUAUGGGAACAUGUUUGUAGUCUGAUGACAAGGAAGCAUUCUUUUGGGCUAACACAAGUCAAAGGGAAGCUCUAUAGCAUUGGAGGACAUGGCAACUUUAGUCCUGGCUUUAAAGAUGUUACUGUUUAUAAUCCUGAGAUUGAUAAGUGGCACAACUUGGAAUCAGCACCAAAGAUUCUUCGAGAUGUCAAAGCACUAGCCGUGGAAGACCGGUUUGUGUAUAUCGCUGCCCGCACUCCUGUGGAUCGGGACACUGAAGAUGGAUUAAAGGCCGUAAUCACCUGCUACGAUACAGAGACUCGACAGUGGCAAGAUGUGAAAUCUUUGCCACUUAUUGACAAUUACUGCUUUUUCCAAAUGUCUGUGGUCAAUUCCAACUUUUAUCAGACGGCAUCAUGUUGUCCCAAGAGUUAUUCUUUGGAAAAUGAAGAGGCAGUCAGAAAAAUCGCCAGCCAAGUUUCCGAUGAGAUCCUUGAAAGCUUGCCUCCAGAAGUCCUAAGCAUUGAAGGAGCAGCCAUUUGCUAUUACAAAGAUGACGUUUUCAUUAUUGGAGGCUGGAAAAACAGUGAUGAUAUUGACAAGCAGUAUCGGAAAGAAGCCUACCGCUAUUGCGCUGAGAGGAAGAGGUGGAUGCUGCUUCCUCCCAUGCCGCAACCUCGUUGUAGAGCCACUGCUUGCCACGUGAGAAUCCCAUACCGGUACUUGCAUGGCACACAGAGAUAUCCUAUGCCUCAAAACUUAAUGUGGCAGAAGGACCGGAUCAGACAGAUGCAAGAAAUACAUCGGCACGCCUUAAACAUGCGGCGAGUGCCAAGCUCUCAGAUCGAAUGCUAGGUUCUCUAAUAUGUGAAGCUUAAAACAGUCACACACCUGUUUUGUGAAGCUCAAGAUACCAGACUGUUACUUGAAAAAGUGUGUCAAUAACUUAUUUUCUACCUGAAUUGAUGAUUGCCCCCUAUAAAGGAAAUAUAGUUAAAAACGGAAGACUGGGAAACUCAAUUCAAUACGUGGUAAUUUUGUUAGCUUGCAGUCUUUUUCUGCCUUUGGUCUCUGUCUUUAGUUUGUGUGUAUGUGCUAGCUAAAUAAGAUCUUAUUAAAGACAAAUGGGAAAACCAGGUGUAGUUACUUGGCUGGUUUUCUGCUAAGAAGGUAUAACUCCUUUGUCUUAGGACUUAGGUUUUGAACAUGCUUUAAGCACCAAUUUUAUUUGCACAUUUACCUUGAUAUUCCUUUUCACUUUUUUCCUGAGUGGUUGGUUUUGACAAGAUCAGAAUUUAUGCAUUGAGCCCUCAUUUGCAAGAGGUAUGUGCAAUAGUAGGACUGAAAUUUGAAGGAAAAAGCACAAUAUUUUAGCAAGAUGAUUUUAGAAUUUUUGCUUUGACAUUUUGUUUAUCUAGAAAUGCUGUUUUGUUUCCUUCUAGAAGAGAGGACUGAUGAGAAAUUUGUAAUUGGCUCAUGCAUUUUUUUGGAAUAUUUUUCAUUUCUUUAGCCAACUGAGUUAUUGACUUUAAGCUGUCACUCUGAAAUGAUGGUAGUUGGCACAAGUAUUGAUCUUUAGCUGAUUGAUUGAAUACAGAGGAUAUUAUAUAUGUGAAAUUUGUUUCUCUGAGAAGUAUUGGUGUAGUCUGAGAAAUCAAAGGCAUUAAAAAUUUUUAAAUACUUUUUUCAGGAAUUGCAGGCUUAUAUGAGGAUAAGUUCAUGAGUGUAAAUAAUGCUUAUGACAAUCGACACUCAAUGCCUUCAAUUUUAAAUUUUGCUCUAAUGCAUAUUUCAUAGGAUCUUCAUUCCUUUCUAAAAUGUUUUUUUGAAAUGGAAAGGGAAUAACAAUUUAGAGAAAUGUUGCUAAAAACAAGCCUUAUUUCUCAGCCCCCAUUGUUAUAAUGUCAUAUCCAGUUGCCCUGGAUUUUUUUUAAAGAAGACUUUAUUUGAGCCAAACUGACCACAUAUGCUGGGAGCAGGACCUCAAAUGCUCCCCAGUUGCCAUGAACUUUAAUUGGAACUUUGCCUGAGCCUGGAAUACCAAAUUUAAGGGCAUAAUUCUGGCUCUUCAAAAUUUAUCACUGUAGUUAUUUUUAAUUUAUUUUUAUUCAUUCUUCUGAUUCUCUUAACACAUUCAAAAGCUUUAUACAAUUUAGCACUUGGUUUGACUAUUUUAGCACUCAGUAACUCCUACUCUUACUGUUUGCAAUGUGGGUCCAGUAUAUUCUUGUUUUCUACUAUCGUAGGCAUUCCCAAACACUGUCCUAGAAGUAGAAUUCUAAGUGCAUUGAUUUUUUUUUCUCUACUGCAUUAUAGUUAACCUCCUUAUUAGUUGUAUCAAACACUAAAAAAAGUACAACCAGAAAUUUUAGCUUUCAGCUGCAAGACUACUCAUGUUUAGCCCUUGGACUCUCUACUAAGAAUUUUCUUGAAAUUUCUAAAUUGAUAUCACUACCUAGGAUGGUUUUUCAAUAAACAUGUUGGAAAUCUGCUUUAAAACCAUUUCAUUUAGACGGGGGUGGGGAUCGGAACUGCAAGUCAUAUUUCUCUAUGAGGAUAUAUUAUCCCACCCCAACCAUUUUCUCAAUUUCUAUGUAUUUGUGGUUAGUUUAAUAAAAGCCAUUGGAUUCUGAGAAAUGCUGAUACUUAGUUGUGAGAGAUCUAUGCAAGUAAGGCAGAAAAGCUCAAUGCACGAAGUUCUCACUUCUCUGAUAGGCUGUGCUAGCCUUCCUUUUCCUGGCUGUGUAAAGCAGUAGCUCACCAGGAUGCCAGCUUCUCUCUAGAAGGGUGUGAUGCAGGAUUGGGGGCCAGCGGGUUGUGUGGGGUUUUUGUCUCAGACUUUUCUGAGAGACCAAUUUAUUUGGAAGGUUGUCUCUUUUUCACAUGAUAUGGCAGACCUUAUAACUCAAAGAUCUAGGUAUAAUCUGGUUUUGAAAACUUGAUUGAAAUUGUUGUUUUUUAACUUAGCAGGCAGCCUAGGCCACGGGUGGAAAGAAGGGGUAAGUCCUUCCUUGCAUGAUGAUGUGUGCAGGUUUUCCUGACUACUGAAUUGCUAAUUUUCGUAUUUGAAUUCACAUGUGUGAUUUCACAUCAAUAACUUGUGUUUCUGAAAUAGCCUAACUAACUUGUUAAUCAGGAAAGAAACCAGAUUUGCUUAAAUCUGUUCCAGGCUGACAUUCUGAAAUUCCAAACUGGAAAUAACUUCCCAGCGUUUUUGGAAAGGUUCCGAGUAUGAAGAACCUAAAAUGCCUUUUUGGGGGGGGAAAUGUCCUUUUUGAUGAAAACUUAAAGAUUGUGUUUGGUAAUUUAAACAUAAAAAUACAGCUUUAAAAAAGGCAAUUAAUGUGUAUUUAAGCAAAUCUUGUUUUGUUGCUUUUGGUAUUUGUGGAAGUAAAAGAGGAAUUGAUUAUACAAAAAGUAACAACUAUACAUAACUUUGAGUGAAUCUACUUCUAUCUCAGAAUGGAUAUCUUAACUAUACCUACCCCGCCAUGGUUUAAAAAAAAAAAAAAAUCAGUGGUAUAUAUUAAGAAUGUCAGUCAUGAGCUUAGUGUUUAAGUGUCUCACUUGCAGUUAUUUGCAUGAUUAGUCUUGUGUAUCUUGGUAUCUUGGCUUUUGCUGUGCCAAUUAAAAAAUAUUGUGCUAAAAAAAUCUAAACAUUCAUUGACAUCAGUUUUGUUUUGAUCAGCUGGUUUUGUGUAGUAUUUCUGGGACCAAAAAAUUUUAAAUACUAACUUUUUAAAUAUAGAACAGACUCUUGGAACUGGAAAGACAGUGUUUAUGGAAGAUUUGUGUGCUUCUGUAUUUUAAAUUCUUCAGGCUGAUGAUAACGCAGUUUCUAGUGCACAUGUUUUUUCUUCAUGUUUCUUGACUAGUGUAGCAUGUGGUGUAUUAAAAUAUUCUCUGCUUCAUAAUUCUAAUAUGAAUACUAUAUAUUGGUAGACAGGUAAGCUAAAUUGUGUAUUUUAGUUACUUGGCCUAAUCAGGCAUAACCAAAGGGAUUUUUUUUGUGUACUUUCCUCAAAUUAAGCUUAAAUAAAAAGGGUGUAUUGGUCACAUUUCAUGUCUUUUGAAAACAUAGAGAAUUGUGAAGCAUGUUCAUCUGCCUACACUAGAAAACUAGGGUGCCUAUAGGUUGCUCUUUAACUGUAGAAUAUUUGAGAAACAAUUCAGUCUCCUUUUUAACUGUCAAACAUUUUGGCACAGUUCAUCACUCCAGUUUGUUAAUCUCUUGAGAGUAGUCCAUUUUUGUUUUUGUUAAUGUUCUGGUCAUUGGAAACAAAAGAGCUCAUAGUUGAGUGAUGUAAUACAAUAACAACAUAAUAUAGUAGUCAUUUUGCUUCAAAGAAUUUAGAUAGCCAAAUAACUGCUAUUUAUUGCUUACCUUUGUGGGGCUUUUGUCUUGCUCUAUAUGACCAUUUCUGCAACAAUGAAGCACAUACAAUAGAGCACUUAUUAACUUAAUCCUCCUGCCUUAUGCACUCAUGAAAAGUAGUGCUUGCUAGAUGUUUGAAGAUCUUAGGAUCCCUGUACUUAGGGCUCAUUGAGUUAUUUGUAACAUCAGUACUUAGUUCAAGCGAUGUACAGUGAGUUUUGGGGACCAGUAGUAUCCAAGCCCCUACUCAACUGAACGUGUAAUUUUGACUGUCUCCUUACGUCAGAGGAGAUGUGGAACGUAAGACACUUUGAGACAUUACCUUGUAUAAUAGCUUGUUUUAUGUUCCUGAAGCUAUCUUGUCCUGUGUUAAAGCUACUAAUGGUCUCAAUAUAAGCUUUAAAUAAACGUAUUUCAUUAGA